UGCUGUCCGCUCAACUGCGCUAGUCGCCGUGGAGGGGAAUUCUUCUGCGUUGUCAAAAAGUGUCCGUGAAGUGCAGAGAAAGUUUUUCUCCCCGUGCAAAAGUGGCCAAAAUCUCCAGGAAAAGCGGGGCAAAAGUGUGAAAAAGUGUGCAAAGAGAGUGGAUAGGGGCCCACGGAAGGAGGAGAAAGUAAGAGGAUGCAUAUGUUGAGGGAGAGUCGCGCCGUGCAGAAGAUUUUUCAGCUAUCAUGGAGAAAUUCCCACUGAGAGGCGGACGCUCGACCACAUCCGCGGCCACUGGACACGGUACUUCCUACCAGGCGGUCACGAAGAAGUCAAACGGACAGAAUCAUCCCACGUUGACGAAUACAACAUCUCUGAGCAAUUUGCCGCCAGAGGAUGAUAUGAUUGACAUCACGCCGACGAGCGAGAACUCAAGGAACAGCACAACAAUGAUGUCCAGCAAUGAUAACGUGCGCCAUCCUUCGCCGACGCACUCGCCCUUCGGCAGGGAUUUUAACGAUCACGACGAGAAUGUCGAGAAUGUAGAUAAAGAAGAAGUAACUGUAAGAUUUUCCACGUCCUUUGAUGGUCCGGAAGAAGGAGGAAUUUCCUUUGCCGGAAUUAUGGACAACUGUGAUGACAUUCCGGGAUUGGGGCAGUAUGAUGAUUUUCACACAAUCGACUGGCAGCGCGACAUCGCGAGGGACCGCAUGAGGCAUCGGUACAUCGUGAAGAAGCGCCAAAACUCCUUGCUAGAUCUCAUAAAGGGCGCCCACGAUGCGUGGUCUGGCUGGCUGUGCGUCCUCCUCGUGGGCAUCACGGCGGGCUGUGUGGCUGGCGUGGUGGACAUUGGCGCCAGCUGGAUGGCGGAUCUCAAGUUUGGCAUCUGCCCUCAAGCCUUCUGGCUCAAUCGCGAGCAGUGCUGCUGGUCGUCCAACGAGACGACAUUCGACAGUGGAAAUUGCUCACAAUGGCUCAUGUGGCCUGAGGUGUUUUCCCAGGCCAGGGAAGGCGCCGGAUCGUAUAUCAUCUCCUACUUCUUCUACAUAUUCUGGGCAAUGUCCUUUGCCGCGCUGGCAGCUUGCCUGGUGCGCCAAUUUGCGCCCUACGCCUGCGGCUCUGGUAUUCCUGAGAUCAAGACCAUCCUCUCGGGAUUCAUCAUUCGAGGGUAUUUGGGCAAGUGGACGCUCAUCAUCAAAUCCGUGGGCAUCAUGUUGUCCGUCUCAACGGGAUUGUGCUUGGGCAAAGAGGGUCCCAUGGUGCACAUAGCCAGUUGCAUAGGCAACAUCUUAUCAUAUCUCUUUCCGAAGUACGGAAAGAAUGAAGCGAAGAAGAGGGAAAUUCUCUCAGCGGCAGCGGCUGCGGGUGUUUCUGUGGCUUUCGGAGCGCCCAUUGGUGGUGUGUUGUUCAGUUUGGAGGAGGUGAGCUACUACUUCCCUCUGAAGACACUGUGGCGAUCCUUCUUCUGCGCCCUGAUUGCCGCCUUCAUCUUGCGCUCCAUCAAUCCAUUCGGCAACAAUCACACAGUGAUGUUCUUCGUGGAGUACAAACAGCCGUGGAUCUUCUUCGAGCUGAUACCGUUUGUGGGAUUGGGCAUCAUGGGUGGCAUCAUUGGGACGAUCUUCAUCAAGGCGAACCUCAAGUGGUGCCACUACAGGAAGUACAGCCGCCUGGGGCAGUAUCCCGUGGCGGAGGUGCUCGUGGUGACGCUCAUCACGGCCGUGAUUGCGUACCCGAAUCCCUACACGAGGAUGAACAUGAGUGAGCUGAUCUUCCUGCUGUUCAAGCAGUGUGGCAUCUCCAACAGCGAUCCGCUGUGUGAUUACAAUCGCAACUUCACGGACGUGAACUCGGCCAUUGAGAUUGCGGCCGCCGGACCGGGAGUUUAUCAUGCCAUUUGGCUCCUCAUCCUGGCCUUCAUCGUCAAGGUGGUGCUGCUGAUCUUCACGUUUGGCAUCAAAGUGCCGUGCGGCCUGUUCAUCCCGUCGCUCUGCCUGGGCGCAAUCAUGGGACGCAUCGUGGGCAUUGGGAUGGAGCAGCUGGCGUACAACUAUCCCAAAGUGUGGAUCUUCUCCGGCGAGUGCUCCACUGGAGAGAACUGCAUCACACCCGGAUUGUACGCCAUGGUGGGCGCCGCGGCGGUCCUCGGCGGCGUCACGCGCAUGACGGUGUCGCUGGUGGUGAUAAUGUUCGAGUUGACUGGCGGCGUGCUGUACAUUGUGCCCCUCAUGGCGGCCGCCAUGGCCUCCAAAUGGGUCGGAGACGCUCUGGGACGUCAGGGUAUUUAUGAUGCUCACAUAAGUCUGAACGGAUAUCCAUUCUUAGAUAGUAAGGAUGAAUUUGCUCAUACGACACUGGCGGCGGAUGUGAUGCAACCAAAACGCAAUGAGACUUUGUCCGUUAUCACGCAAGACUCUAUGACGGUGGAUGAUGUUCAGGCGCUUCUCAAGGAGACAGAACACAAUGGAUAUCCUGUCGUGGUGUCCAAGGAGAGUCAGUAUUUGGUGGGAUUUGUUGUGAGGAGGAAUCUCAAUUUGGCCCUUGAGAAUGCCAAGAGGAUGAUUGAUGGAAUUUGUGGUCAAUCUCUGGUGCUAUUCACGUCUGGAACGCAUGUGCAGACACUCGGACCGCCGCCACUUAAGAUGAAGAAGAUCCUGGACAUGGCGCCCAUUACGGUCACGGAUCAGACGCCAAUGGAGACGGUCGUGGACAUGUUCCGCAAACUGGGCCUUCGUCAGACUCUGGUGACCCACAAUGGUCGCUUGCUGGGCGUGAUCACGAAGAAGGAUGUGCUGAGGCACAUCAAGCAGAUGGACAAUGAGGAUCCCAACACAGUUCUGUUUAAUUGAAUGCGCGCGCGAGUGUUCAUGUUGUCCCUUCGCCCCCCAGUUCACCCCCAACAGACCUUGUCUCCCCUGUAGAGGAGAAGAGGAAAGAGGAACAGAAGACAGAGAGCAUCAAAGAAUUUUCUCUUUGUGUGACAUCACGUGUCAAUCAAUAUCUUUUGUAUUAUUGAAAAUUGAUAUAACUAUAAUAUUUAGGUGAAGUAUUUGUUUUUCCUCGAACGGAUGUGGUGAGAUGUAUACUUAUUUUUUCUCUUCUUUUUCUUAAAUCACAAGAGAACAACUAGGAAAAUUGAUGUGCAAUUUGGAUGAAAAGACGAUCACUGACAGAGCGAGAGCGAGAGUGAGAGAGAGAGAGAAUCAAUGCAUCACGAAAACAGAGCAGUGAAUGUUUCUUUUUAAUGCAUCUAACUGCUAAUUGCAAUAUUGAUUGGUUUGUUGCUGUUUUUUUUCACGAAAACUCUCAGCUUCUCUUAGUGAUUCUCUCACUUGGCAAUUGUGAAAGACUAUUUUUACUUCCGUGAAAUGCGUCUUGAAGAAUCUUCUUUUUUUGUGAAAAAAAAUUGCACACGAGAACAGCGAGAUUAUAAACUACAGAAAAUCUAUCGAAUUUUUGCUCUGCAUAAUUUAUAGUGUGGAAACACACGAGUUGAAAUGGAGAAUUUUACACAUUUUUUACUUAGUUGAGGAAAUUCCUAAACAAUCUAUCAAGGAGAGAGAGUGAUAUUGAUCUCCCGCUGCACUUUUGCCGAGAAAUCAUUGCUGAUGUUUUGUGAGGACACACAGUGAAGGGUGAAUCAACAGUUAAAGAAAAAUAAAUAGAAAACAAACAUCUACUCAAGUAAUAAAUUUAACUAUUAUAAUUUAACAUAGAAUCAAAUCAUUGAGCGAAUGAGUGAAAUAGAGGAGGAUAUUAAAAAGGAGGAAAACAAGUUGAAGAGAAAAAAAAAUUGUAAAUAUUUAUUAGAAAAUUAUUUAAAUGUAUACUUUGAAACGAUAA